GUUUAGACCAAUGAGAGUGAGUGUGAGCUCUGGCAGCGACCAAUCAGCGACCUCCUUCAUCCUCUCCUCAUUCAAAACUUGUAAACUUGAGGUGUGUGUUGAUGCUGCCUUAACUUGCUCUCCAUAUUGCUUAUUUCCUGCCACAAAACUGGGAAAAUGACGAGCCACCACAAGGAUGAAGUGAAGAAGGAGAUACCGGAGAUAAUAACAGACCCGUCCACUGGUACUAAGUACCAGAGAGGAAAGUUUCUGGGCAAGGGUGGAUUCGCGAAAUGUUACGAACUAACAGAUUUAAAAACCAAAGAAAUAUUUGCUGGGAAGAUAGUUGCCAAAUCGUUACUUGUCAAGCCACAUCAGAAAGAAAAGAUGUCUCAGGAGAUAUCAAUUCAUCGCAGUUUAAAAGAUAAGCACGUUGUUGGCUUCCGUGGAUUCUUUGAAGAUUCUGAUAACGUGUACAUUAUCUUAGAAUUAUGUAGGAGAAGGUCGCUGAUGGAACUUCACAAACGGCGUAAAGCAAUAACCGAACCUGAGACACGUUACUUUCUGAAGCAGAUCCUUAAUGGCGUCAAACACUUGCACGACAGAAAAGUUAUUCACAGAGAUCUCAAGCUUGGUAAUCUCUUCCUUAAUGAUGAAAUGGAACUAAAAAUAGGAGAUUUUGGCUUGGCUACUAGAAUAGAUUAUGAAGGAGAGAGGAAAAGAACACUGUGUGGCACCCCAAAUUAUAUUGCUCCAGAAAUCCUCUGCAAGAAGGGUCACAGUUAUGAAGUUGAUAUCUGGUCUAUAGGUUGCAUUCUAUAUACAUUAUUAGUGGGAAAACCUCCAUUUGAAACACAGACUUUAAAAGAUACAUAUAUGAGGAUUAAAAAAAAUGAGUACCACAUACCAUCAAGGAUUGGUCCACUUGCCCGCUCACUUAUUCAGAGACUGCUACAGGGAGACCCAACACGCAGACCUAAUGUUGAUGUGAUUCUUGCCGACGAUUUUAUGACAUUGGGUUACAUUCCAACUCGCCUACCAACCUCUUGCCUCACCAUGGCUCCAAGAUUUGAUUCUCGGUGUUCCAUUGUUGCUACGAGGAAACCUUUACUGGAGAUAAACAACAAAGAUGGAUCUCCAGUGAAGCCCAUGCAGAAGGAUGGUAUCCUGAAAACUGACAAUGGAAUCUCCAAGAGUGGCAUUGCCCCCUCUAUCACGAGUGGACAGCAGCAGGCAGCUGUGACUCCCGCUGCAGCUGCACAACCACCCAAGUCAGAUGAACCUUCUGACUGCUACCUCAAGGAUCUCUAUGCACAAGUCACCUCAGUCGUAGCCUCCAAACCUGAUGAACGAGAAAAUAUCAAUGAAGAUGAAUGUGAGGAUCCAGCAGCAGUACCUAUGAUCUGGGUGAGCAAGUGGGUCGACUACAGUGACAAGUAUGGCCUUGGUUACCAACUGUGUGAUGACUCAAUUGGUGUACUCUUCAAUGAUUUUACGAAGCUCCUUCUGCUUGCUGAUGGAGAAAAUAUUCAUUACAUAGAGCGGUCGAGUGCUGAGCAUUAUCAUCAGCUGAAAAAUUACCCAGCAACACUAAACAAGAAGGUUACGCUGCUUCGUUAUUUCCGUAAUUACAUGAAUGAGCAUCUAUUAAAAGCAGCAGCUUCUAUGUGCCCUCGAGAGGGUGAUGAGCUAGCUCGCAUACCUUCACUCAGGACUUACUUCAGGACGCGCUCGGCAAUUAUUCUUCAUCUGACAAAUGGCACACUUCAGAUAAAUUUCUUUGAGGAUCACACAAAGAUCAUACUAUGUCCGCUGAUGGGUGCUGUCACGUACAUUGAUGAAAAAAGGAACUUUAGGACCUACAGACUAGCCAGUCUUGAGAAGUAUGGAUGCCGACCAGACCUCGCUAACCGGUUAAGAUAUGCCCGAAAUAUGAUACAGAAGCUCAUGGUGACUAAAUCUUCAACAACCAAGUCCUCCAGCGCCUCCUCAUCUGCUGUUGCUCAGCAGGUUCCACCCACUACCGCUUGAAAAAAAAUAGUAGAAAAUAGGUCUUGCACUCUUGGAAGGACCCAACAAGUUUUUCUUGGUGACUUUCAAGGAAAAUUUGAAAUAGGCCUACUUUUGGUUGGCUGGCAUAGACAUUGCCACAUUACUGGAUAAUGCACUGCAUUUAAAAUGUUGAAUGAAACCAUUUUUUUUUUUUUUUGCGUGUGUGUAGCAAGAUUUUAACUUUAAAACGUAAUGGGUAAAGUUACAUUUGUAAGAUUGUACGAAAUUGUGAUCGUACAUUGUAAUUUAUUUUUUAACUUAUUCUUAGACAGUUAUUGGCUUGGCAGUCAAUUAUUACCACAUUUGUCAUGAUAAUUUUUAUCUUGUUACACAGGAAGUAUAGAAUUAAAUAGCAGGAUUGGGCUUGCAGCCACUACAGUGCAUCUUGAAAGAGUGAUUACUUAUUAUAGAUUCCUAGUCUCUGUCCAGUGCUUGAUAACUAGAGAGCAUUCUUGAUGUCAAAACUGAUGCCAUGAGGUCAUUAAUGCAGUGACAUCAGUGCUUUUAACAGUAAUUGUUUUAUAAAAAUGUUGUGUGAUGAUUCACCAGCAGUGGAAGGAUAUAAAAUGUUUAUUUUUUAGAUAUUUUAUUUUAUUCCUUUUUUUUCAGAGAAGGUAGGUUAUUGCCAUUGACACCUAGUACCAUAGGGGUAACACAAGAUAAACAGAUUCUAGAUUUCAUCUUGGAAUUUAAACUAUUUUCUGUGUGCACCUGGAGCUAGUCACGGAUACAUUAAAAAAUCCCUUCACUUGAUAAGCCCUUUGAUGAAGAGGAUAACUAAUGGGAUUUGUAAAAAAAAAAUACUUUAACUGAAUUUAUUCUAAUACUUUUCAGUAAUGAGAUAAACACAUGAUGAAUCACAGUAUUUUAUACUACUAGAUUAUAAUUUCCUAUAAAACUACCACAGAGAGGCCCUUUUUGUCAUAAGUUAAAUAAUUUCGGUACUGAGUAAUACUAAUACUUUCAUUUUUUAUUGAAAGGAUUAUAUAACCCUGUUUAGUGGAGGCUAAGAAUACAAAAUGACAAUGCAUUACACGGGAAGGUGAUUUUAGGGUUGCGAGUUGGCUCUUGUGUUUCAAUGACAUCUGGAAAAUCUGUUCAGAUUAUGUAUGGUACCUAGAAGUUUGUCUUCAAUACAGUAUAUCCUUUAAUGUUGGUUCUAAGACAAGAAUGGAAAUAUAAGAUGUAUUAAUGGGUGUCAUUACUGACAGAUGUUGGCCAUAUAACCAAAAUGAUAGCAUGAACCAUAUUUCUCCUCUUUACCUAUUAGUCUAAAACAAUGAAUGUAAAUAAUUAGUAGGUUGUAAUGUGUUUUGUACUCCCUGAUUGCAACAUACAUACCUGCUGUACUAACAGUGAUGGUAUUGCUGUUACUCAUCAUUUAUAGUACACUGAAAAUGUUUGCCUUACAAGCCUGUGAGCAGCAUUUUGUAGGUCAUAAUUAAAGUCACUACAUAAUCAUUUUCAUUCAUCCCAUUCUUGGUAUAUGAUGAAUUGUUUCCUUUUUGCCAUAAUUUUAUUCUUGCUUCAUGUUUCUAUCUCACCAAUUUACAGCAGUGUGAUACAUAAGUGUAAAUAGUCCAUGCAGUAAUAAAGUAUGUAUAAUG